UCUCGCUCGCACACAACUGUCAAUCAGCUGUUCUACCAACAUGGCCACUUUAAGCCGUACUUCUAGCAAAUUAAUCAAAAAAGUGCAGUUUUCGCCAGUUUUUAGUCGAAAUCUUAGUAAUACCAAGAUAAAUAAUUCGUAUCGGAAUGUGUUUAAUACGUGUGCGUGUUUGUUCGGCGGCAGUGUGUUGUUUUACGCCGCGAAAACGUAUUCAAGGAGUAACACCGUCUACGCUCUCAAAGCUAAGCCCGACGAGCUGGCGAAAUCGGUGAAGCUAACGUCUCGAGAGCGGCGCUUCAUCAAGUUCGCGUCAGUCGAGUACAAUGGCCAGCUGUACAUGACACCUCAGGACUUCCUCGAGUCCGUGGUAGAGCAGGAACCUAGACCGCGACUGAAACGACGGGUUUUGACGACGAAGGAGAUCGAACAGCUGAGGGACAGCACGCCCGCCCUGAAGAAGGGCUCCCCACAAAUGUUCCGUAGCUUACGGGACCGGGGGAUUAUUUCAUACACAGAGUACCUGUUUCUUCUAUCUAUAUUAACAAAGCCGGCCUCCGGGUUUCAAAUAGCCUUCAACAUGUUUGACACGGACGGCAACCAAAGAGUAGAUAAGAAUGAGUUUCUAGUCAUCCAGAGGUUGCUGGGGGGGUCGUUCAGGGAGCGAAAGAACUUGGACCCCAAGAGCAAGGAGGCUCUGCUUACGUUAGUGUCGUCCAGUGCGCUCAAGAACAAAGUGGAGGAAAAAACGACCGCAAAGCCUUCGACAAUGGAGAAAAUCUUCAGCUUCGCAUGGCGCGGCAAGCGCGGGUUGGAGAGCCAAGAAGGCGGCGACGCCGACAAGCCGCAGGACUCCCAAGAUGGCGGCGACGCCGACAAGCCGCAGGACUCGUACGUCAACGACGAGCAGGGGCUGCAGCGGCGGCACAACGUCGACACGCUCCUGCAGGUCCAUUUCUUCGGCAAAAAGGGCACGAGCGACCUGAAGUUCGACGGCUUUAAGCAGUUCAUGGAGAACUUGCAAACGGAAGUGCUGGAGCUCGAGUUCCAAGAAUUCGCUAAAGGUCACGAGACAAUAUCCGAAGUGGACUUCGCUAAGAUCCUCCUCCGCUACACUUAUCUCGACACAGACGAAUACGACAUGUACUUAGACCGUCUCUUGGACCGCAUGAAGCUCGAGCGAGGCAUCACCUUCCCUGAGUUUAAGACCUUCUGUCAGUUCCUCAACAAUUUAGAUGAUUUCACUAUUGCUAUGAGGAUGUAUACGCUGGCUGAUCAUCCUAUUUCGAAAGACGAGUUCCACCGCGCCGUAAAGAUCUGCACGGGCAUCUCGCAGUCGGAGCACCUCGUGACCACCGUGUUCGCGAUCUUUGACGCCGAUGGCGACGGCCUGCUGAGCUACAAGGAGUUCAUCGCCAUUAUGAAGGACCGUCUGCACCGAGGAUUCAAGUCUUAUGCCAAGAACGAGGGCUGGGAGGCGUUCAAGACCUGCGUCAAGCAAGAAAUGAAGAGCUCCGUUUAAUAAUAGCCAAUUUAGCUCAAUUCAUGCCAUAUGCCUUUAAAGCUCCUAGAAUAUUUGGUCGACAAAUAGAUCUCAAGUAAUAACAACGUAAUUAUUAUAAAUUAUAACUACUAGGUAUAGUUCGUUUUUUUUAGCAUUAGUAAAAAGGUAAACAAUCUUGACGGGUUCUUUUAUUGGAAAACACUUGAAUGAAAAAUAAGUCACGACAAAUAUAUAACUUAUGAAUCAUAUAGGUACAUAUUAUUUUACAUAUUUUACAUAUUUUGCUCUUAUUAGUAUUCUUUACUGAUUUUUUAAAAGAUUUUUUUCAAUUAAGAGCCCUUCAACGUGCACACUAGCGCCACUGCUAAAUAAUCGUGAUUAUUUAAAUUUAACGACAGGUAUUUAAAAAUGGGGGCCGCUACGGACUGUAUUGUGUAUUUAAGUAUCUUUUGAAUACAUCAAACUAGUUUUUAUGUUGCUGGAUUCGUCGAUCUAGGAACUCAAAACAAAAACGGCCGUUUUUACUUUGGACGCAUAGAUUGACAAAUCCAGCAACAUAAAAACUAGUUUGAUGUAUUCAAAAGGUACUUAAAUACACAAUACAGUCCGUGGCGGCCUCCUUUUUUAAAUAUCUUUCGUGAAAUUUAAAUAAUCACUAUAAUUUAGUAGUGGCGCUUGUGUGCACGUUGAAGGGCUCUUAAUAUACACGUCAAGCUCGCGUAGUCUUUUUCUAAUGCUAUAAAAACGAAAUAUACAUUCGUAUAGAAGAUAUGGUAUACACAAACUUAAUAACUGUAGAACGGCAUUUCUUCUAAACUUAACGAAAUAUAUAUCUGAAUCUUAUAGAAAUAUAGAUAAACAAAAAAGUCAAACGUUAACGCAAAAAAAAACUGAAAAAUAAACCGGUUAUUUGGUCCGUGUAUAGCAUAUUAUUUUUAUUCUUAGGGGUCUGCUUAAAUUCACCCUUUUUAGGGAGUUUUUGACACUUCAAAAUAUUAAUAGUAAAUUGUUAAAAAAACACGUAAAUAUAAAAAUAAAGGCAUUUAUGAUUUCUCUGUAAAAUACUUUACUACUUCUUGUUGUAAAUAAAAAAAAAAAUAUUCUUUAUCUCAAGGGGUCGUGUAAUAAUACAUUUUGUAAUCAAUUAACAAAUAAGUGGUUGUUUUUAACAGUGAGAUUUAUUUUAGUGAUUAUUUAUUCAUGGUUUUAAAUAAUUUAUACUCGUUUAUAAAUUAUGACUUAACAAUGGAGUAUAACUCCGGUUUGGAGUGGCAAAUUAAUCAAGUUUCAAUAUGUACUCAAAAAAAAUAUUUGUAAGUUUAUGUAUACAUAUGCGGUGCAGAUAAAGCUAUUAAAUUGCCAUUUACAGUAGGAGCAUUCCACGGGCUGUCCCGUACAAACGCAUUUUAUUUCCUGUGUUGCGACUUUUUUUUUGGCAUUUAAAGCAAUCGAUUAUUUUUCUGUGCAUAUUUUUGACUAUUUGUCAUAAAAAAGAAACUCUUAUACCUGCAAAUCUUCAGAAAAUUCGCGUUUGUACGGGACAAACGGUAGACGAUUUCAUGGAAUGCCCCAGUACUGCACUGCUAAGUCAAAGAGCGCUAUCUCAAAAGAAAAUUCAUUGUUAACUUACACUUAGGUUUCUAUUACUGAGAAUCAGAUUUUCAAAAUCAUUUGUUUUCGCGCGCUAUUCGACUUAGGGCCACUUGCACCAUCCGACUAACACAGGGUUAAGCAGUUAAACCGUUAACCUAGUGUCAAAUUGUACUGAUAACCAAAUUGUACAGUUUAACCGGUUAAACCCGGAUUAGUGGAAUGGUGCAAGUGACGUUUAGGAGGGCAGAGUAGAUCAUUUUCAUUUAUUCUUCAUAAAUCUACUCAAAAUUGAUUAAAAUUGUUACCUACCUAUAAACUUACCUAGGCCCUGACAAAAUAGAUGUCUGCACUUCUCUCCAAUUGUAAUAAUUCAUUCGCCAAUAAAUCGGCGGGUCCACGCAGAACAAGCCGCCUCGCGAGGAAACUGCCGCGCGAAGCAGCUCAGUCCGUGUAGACAUGCCUCGGCCGCAUUGCGUCGGCGUAAGCACGUCUCCACCGACCGAGCUGCUUCGCGCGGCAAUUUCCUCGCGAGGCAACUCGUUCCGUGUGGAUCCAUCACCUAUUCAGAUUUUGAUUGCCUACUGUUCUACUACUUCACAAAGAUACAGUUAAUGAGUAUGGAUUUUCACUCCAAUUAGGCAGUAUUUUUCACUUCAUUUAGAAUUAAGUUUCAGUCUCAAAAUAUACCUACGCUUUUUAGAAUUUAGUCAAAAUUCCUUGCCUUGGCCAUGAUUUAAAAUUUAAAUAAAUUAGGUUUUAGUAAAUUAUAAAAUUUGUGGCUUAAAUAUUAGCGAAUAUUUAUAAUAAACAGUUUUUACUAGUCAGUCGAAUAAGUGUACAAAAUAAAUAAUAUUUUAUAUUGUUAAUUUAAUAUCUUUAGGACUUCAAAUAGCACAAUGUUAUAAUUAUUUUGCUUUGUUAUAUCAACCUACUUCAGCAGUUUAAGAAACAGCAGCGAAGGUGUAAGGUGGUUUUGGUUUAUCAUAGCCUAAGAGUCUUCCCAGAUAUAUCGACGCGCAUUCGGCACAAAGCACAUAGGAAAAAGCUGGACAUAAAGCUUUCUAUUAUAUUAAAGCUAUCUGCGCAAUAAGAGCGAAAAAGCCGUCGAUGCGUCGGCAGGUGUCGGAUUUAGCCGAUUCCGCGUCGACAUAGGUAUGUGUGGGAACCCUUACAGGUCAUAUCAGUGUCGAGCUAGUCCAAGAACUUUGGCUACUAUUAACCCUUUCUAAUUAGGCGCGUGCGAUAGAGAUAGGGACAGGCGAGUCAAUAUACAAAAUGCUCCGUGCUUAAGGUCCUUACUUUGAUUGAUAUUGUGUCCGUUUCGCUGCUGUGUCUUACUUGCAGGAUGUUUGCUUUGUUAUUGUACUUCAACUCAUUAACUAUUUAAAUAAAUGAUUGAAAAUU